UCCCUCCCACUGGCCGCCACGCUGGCGCAUCUCCUGCCCGCCCCGGCGAUGUACAGCUUGCUGGAGACGGAGCUCAAGCCGCCCCAGGCCAACCCCGGCGGCGGAGGCGGCAACGGGGGUCCCGGGAGCGCCGUCAAAGGAGGAGGAGGAGGAGGAGGCGUCGGAGGCGUCGGCGGGGCCAACGCGGCCGGCCCGGACCAGGACCGGGUCAAGCGUCCCAUGAACGCCUUCAUGGUGUGGUCGCGGGGCCAGCGUCGCAAGAUGGCCCAGGAGAACCCCAAGAUGCACAACUCGGAGAUCUCCAAGCGGCUGGGCGCCGACUGGAAGCUGCUGAGCGACGCCGAGAAGCGGCCCUUCAUCGACGAGGCCAAGCGGCUGCGCGCCGUCCACAUGAAGGAGUAUCCGGAUUACAAGUACCGGCCCCGUCGCAAGACCAAGACGCUGCUCAAGAAGGACAAGUACGCGCUGCCGGGGAACCUGCUGGCCCCGAGCGGCGGUCCCGGGGGCGGAGGAGGCGGCGGCGGGGUGGGCGGCGGCGGGGUGGGCAGCCCGGUGGGCGUCGGGCAGCGCCUGGACUCGUACGCGCACGUGAACGGCUGGCCCAACGGCGCGUACGCGGCCGCCGCCGCCGCCUCGCUGAUGCCCGACCAGCUGGGCUACGGGCAGCACCCGGCCAUGAGCAACGCGCAGCUCCAGUCGCUCCACCGCUACGACGUGAGCGGCCUCCAGUACAGCCCCAUCAUGUCCGGGGCGCAGCCUUACAUGACGGCCGCCGCCGCUUCCAGCUACAGCAUGGCCGCCGCCGCCGCCGCCGCCUACGGCCAGCCGCCGCCGCCGUCGAGCCACGCCAUGAGCUUGGGGACUAUGAGCUCGGUGGUCAAGGCCGAGCCCAGCUCGCCGCCGCCGGCCAUCGCCUCGCACUCGCAGCGGGCCUGCCUGGGGGACCUGCGCGACAUGAUCAGCAUGUACCUGCCGCCCGGCGGAGACGCGGCCGACCCGUCCAGCCUGCAGAGCGGAGGACGCCUCCACGGCGCCCACCAGCACUACCACCAGAGCCCCGCCGGGCCGGCUGUCAACGGCACCGUCCCACUGACUCAUAUCUGA